CUCCAGAAACCAGCCCCAGCCAAGACUGAACCCAAGGCCAAGAAGGAGAAACCAGCAAAGAAAGAGAAGGCUGUGAACGACAAGAAGGAGGAGAAGAAAACUAAGAAGGCAGCAGCGAAGGAGAACGCAGAGGCCGCUGAGGAGAACCACUCUGAGAACGGAGACGCCAAGACCAACCAGAUGGACGAUGCUCCCGAGGCGGAGAAGGAGGAAGCCAAGUCUGAGUAGCAACACUGCCGACCCCUGACCCCAACCCCCAGCCUGCCCCAGUGUUCGUGGUCCCCCUCCAAGGCAUAUUGUUAACAGAGGAAUAUUUUUAUCAGUGAUUUUA